UCUGGCUGUUAUUACAGUAUAUGUGUGUGAUUGGGGUUUGUCUGUAAAUUAUUUGUGAUUGGUGUGUGUGUGUGAUUGGUGUGUGUGUGUGUGAGUGUGUGUGUGUGUGUGUGUAUGUGUGUGUGUGUGUGUGUGUGUGAGAGAGAGAGAGAGAGAGAGAGAGAGAGAGAUUGGGGUCUGUCUGUUAUUACAGUAUAUGUGUGUGAUUGGGGUUUGUAAAUUAUUUGUGAUUGGUGUGUGUGUGUGUGUGAGUGUGUUUGAGCGUUUAUGGGAUAUUCGCUUGUGUGUCAGGGUGUACCGGUGUGUCUGUCAUUGCGUUUGGAUGUUGGUGCUGUGUCCCUAUCCCUUUUUCGGGAUACUGGUCUUCCUGCUUUGGGGGCGUUGGUGUGUGUGAGGGUAUUGUUUAUCCACCAUAGUGUUUGGGUGUGAUAAUGUGCAUUGCCUGCAGGUGCUGGUCUCUCUGUGGGGAGUACUGGUAUGUCUUGUAUACUGGAGGGCGUUGUGAUAGUCUGUCUCUGCCUGUAUCCUGGGGUGUGGGGGUUGCUUUGUGCGUGAGCUGAUUAAUUAGGACAUUGUGUGGGGUGAUGUGUUUAAAUAUGUUGUAGCUGAGUGUGUAAGUGGUGUGUAUAUUUGCGCGGGGUGCCUGGCACACACGUAUUUGUGUGUCUGUGUAUUAUAUCUGCAGACGAGUAUUUGGACCGUGCUCGUGUAUAUGUGUGUGGCGUAGUGUGUAUAUAUGCUGGUUCUGUGUAUGGGGGUGUUCUGUAUAAGUCUUGAGUCUGAGGUGGUGUGGGGGAUGUAAUGUGUGUGUGUGUGUGUGUGUGUAUUACGCAGUUAACAAUGGUUUGAAGGUCUCGCAGUUCGAACCCAAUGAAUCUCAGAGACCAUUAGCCGUGGGGAUCCCAGGCGGGGCUUAUUUAAAUAUCGAAUCUGUCAAUGUGCGAGGAUGUAUAUAAACAGCUGCUUUCAUCUGAUUCCCCUGGACUUCAGUUAUGAAAUUUAAGCGGAGAUUAAUGCGCCGGGAUCCCUAUAAACAGUGCAGUCAAAACAAAGUCGUCUCGCCUGUUAUUAUACACGAGGGGCUGCAUUGGGAGACUUUCCGUAUCAGCGAGCUGGUUAAUAAAAAGUGAUCGCGGCUCUAAUUGAUCGCCCCUUGGCCCGGCCGCCCCAUGAUUCUGAUGGCCGAGGUCGGCAGCUAUCUGGGAGCCGUGGACGCAGACAUACACGCCGUUUCUCUUGGGAAUAUGCCGCUGCUAGCCCAGGCCGAUUCCCCCGGGUUCCUGAACGAAAGGCUCGGCCAGAUCGAAGGCAGGCUCCAGCGAGGAUCACCCACCGACUUCGCCCACCUGAAGGGGAUCCUCAGGCGGAGACAGCUCUAUUGCAGAACGGGCUUCCACCUGGAAAUCUUCCCGAACGGAACCGUGCACGGCACCCGGCAAGAUCACAGCCGGUUCGGGAUCCUGGAAUUCAUCAGUCUGGCGGUGGGACUGGUCAGUAUCCGCGGCGUGGAUUCGGGACUCUAUCUGGGGAUGAACUACAGAGGCGAACUCUACGGGUCGAAAAAGUUAACACCCGAGUGCGUUUUCCGGGAACAGUUUGAAGAGAACUGGUACAACACCUACGCAUCAACUUUGUAUAAACACGUGGAUACUGGGAGACAUUAUUACGUGGCUUUGAAUAAAGAUGGAUCACCACGAGAAGGAUAUAGAACUAAACGGCACCAAAAAUUUACUCACUUUUUACCUAGGCCCGUGGACCCUGAAAAAGUACCGACAUUAUACAGAGACCUCUUGAACUAUAGUUGAUAAAUUCCACUGCCUUGCAUGUGUUGUACAUAAGCGGGGGCUUCAGCUGUCUGGGGGAGCAGUGCCAACGACAACCUUGUGGCCACUUUGAGACGACCACUUUGGUUGAAUCUAUUACCACUACUCAUACUAUCAAGCCAUUAUCAAGUGCACAGUUCCAGGAUUUUCCUUUAUACUCACGCACCUAUAUUCUCCACUGAAUUUUUUUUUUGCUUCUGGAUAAUGGUUGAGGAGGAGAGGAACAAAGCCUCGUAGACAAUGGACACUUUUAUCGCUGGAAAGGCCACUAAGUGGUAAACGCUGCUGCAAAUAAAGGAGCUUUGAGCUAAAAUUUAUAUAUUUAUCAAAAGUCGAUAUAUUUCGAAUCUGUGGAUGAGAACCUGCUGAAAGCUGUUAUUUACUAUGCGUCAUGGAAGAGAAGAGCCAACAGGAUAUAAGGUUCCCAGCCUUUGGAAUGGCUAAAUUUACCAUGGACACUGUAUAGAUCAACAAUAAACUAUUUAUAGAAAUGUCAAUAUUAUAUUUAUUUUAUAUAUUUAUUUAUUACAUAGACUAUAUUUUUAAUGACAAUGUAUAGAUCAGAUUGCUAUCUGGGAGGAUUAGAUCCUAUUGAAAUGUAAAUGACCACUUUUUA